UUCAGGCGAUUACAUUAGUGGCUACAGAGAAAUUAUAAGCAAAAAGACAAACCAAAAAUGAGAAAAGCACAACUGGUGUUUGUCCCAUUUCCAGGCAUCGGCCACCUCAUAUCGACAGUUGAGAUGGCAAAGCUCCUCGUCGGCCGAGAUGACCGCCUCUCCAUCACCGUCCUCAUCAUGAAGUUUCCCUUCGAAAACAACACCCAAUCACUCUCCAACCACGCCUCCGAUCGCAUACGAAUCGUCGAACUCUCUCAUGACACCCCCUCAGCAGCCGAUCCCAAUUCCAAACCCGGCUCUUUCUUCCCCGACUUGAUCGAAAUUCACAAGCCUCGCAUCAGAGACGUUGUCUCCAACAUAGUCUCUAAAUCUGAGUCUGCGUCUGAGUCAGAGUCCGAGUCCACUCCUCGACUCGCUGGGUUGGUGAUUGACAUGUUCGGCACGUCCAUCAUUGACAUGGCAAACGAGUUCGGCAUCCCGACCUACGUCUUCUUCACGUCCAACGCAGGCUUGCUUGGGUUCUUUUUCCAUUUCCAGACCCUCCACGACCACCACAACCAAGACGUUACUAAGUUCAAAGACUCGGACGCUGAGUUGACCGUUCCGGCUUUUGCCUACCCAGUCCCCGUAAAGGUCUUGCCUUGCGUUUUCUUGGGCAAGUGGUCCACCACGAUCCUCAAUAUCGCUAGGCGGUGCAGAGAAACCAAAGGUAUUAUGGUCAACACAUUCACUGAACUUGAUUUCCAUGCUCUUAAGUCCCUCGAAGUAGACAAAACCAUCCAAAAAAUCUACCCUGUGGGACCCGUACUCAACCUCAAAGGGGGAGGAGGCGGUCCAAACGAGGCCCAAAGCAGCCAAUCCGAAGCCGACAUCAUGAGAUGGUUGGACGACCAGGAUCCGGCAUCGGUGGUGUUCCUCUGCUUCGGGAGCAUGGGAACCUUUGAUGAGGACCAGGUCAAGGAGAUAGCGCGUGCUCUUGAGAGUUGCGGACACCCGUUCUUGUGGUCCCUACGUCAGCCUCCGGCGAAAGGAAAGGUUGGUAUUCUGAGUGAGUACGAAAAUCUGACGGAUAUCCUGCCAGAAGGGUUCUUGGAAACAACGGCGGGGAUUGGGAAAGUGAUCGGGUGGGCCCCGCAGGUGGCGGUGCUUUCUCAUCCGGCAGUUGGAGGGUUCGUGUCACACUGUGGAUGGAAUUCUACGUUGGAGAGCUUGUGGUACGGUGUGCCAGUGGCGACGUGGCCAAUGUAUGCGGAGCAGCAACUGAAUGCAUUCCAGAUGGUUAAAGGGUUGGGAAUGACGGUGGAGAUAAAGAUGGAUUACAGGAAUGAAUUUGGAAUGGAGACGUUUCUGGUGACGGUGGAGGAGAUAAGUAGUGGGAUAAGGCAGUUGAUGGACAGUAGUAAUGAAAUUAGGGAGAAAGUGAAGCAGAUGAGCGAGAAGAGCCGGGCCGCCAUGAUGGAGGGUGGCUCAUCCUAUAAUUCCCUCGGAUGCUUUAUUGAAGACGUCAUGAAAGACUUUAGUUUGACAAGGAUAAAAUGAUAAGAAAUGAGUGGAUCAAAAUAAAAUAAAAUAAUUUCUAUAUUUGUUUUGUACCAAAGUGGUGGAAAUUGCAUGUAGGCUUCUUUGUGUGA